GCCCCAAGUUUGCUGGUCGGGGCGGAAAGCUGGGCUGAGCGGGGGUGGGGAGGGUCUCCAGUCCCGGGCGUUGCGCUCGGGGCUUCUGCCCAGUUUCCUGCCUCCGGAGUCGCCGUGUCCGCCCAGCCUAGAGCAGUUUGUGCAAUUUAGAAACUCGAUAGGAGGCAGCUGAUCUCCCACCACCCUAAAAAUAAUCCGCUCCGGCGCACUGCGUGCUUCAGCCAGGGGAGGAAAACUCUGCCUUCGGAGUAAUUUUGCAUCCCGGUUUGAAGUUUACACUUAAGACAGUGUAGGAAGACGGUGCUUUGAAGGUAGAGCAAGUGUUCCAGUAAGGGGUUUGAAGCAGCCUCAAGCGACUGCCCAAGAGAAAACCAAUUAAGAAGAAAUGAGCCUUUCAUUCUGUGGUAACAACAGUUCUUCAUACAACAUCUGUAAUGGUGUGUUACAAAACCCCUGCUUUGUAGAUGCCCUCAACCUGGUCCCUCAUGUCUUCCUGCUGUUUAUUACUUUUCCCAUUUUGUUUAUUGGGUGGGGGAGUCAAAGCUCAAAAGUACAAAUUCAUCACAAUACAUGGCUUCAUUUUCCUGGACAUAACCUGAGAUGGAUUCUGACAUUUGCGCUUCUGUUUGUGCACGUCUGUGAGAUAGCAGAAGGCAUUGUUUCAGACUCACGGCGGGAAUCGCGCCACCUCCACCUCUUCAUGCCAGCUGUGAUGGGCUUUGUAGCCACCACAACAUCAAUAGUGUAUUACCAUAAUAUUGAAACAUCAAAUUUUCCUAAAUUACUUUUAGCCCUUUUCCUGUAUUGGGUAAUGGCCUUUAUUACAAAAACCAUCAAGUUGGUUAAGUACUGGCAGUCUGGCUGGGGAGUAUCAGACCUCCGAUUCUGCAUUACAGGCAUGAUGGUCAUUUUGAACGGACUCCUGAUGGCUGUGGAGAUCAAUGUCAUUCGGGUGAGAAGAUAUGUAUUCUUCAUGAAUCCUCAGAAAGUGAAGCCUCCAGAAGAUCUCCAGGAUUUGGGUGUGCGAUUUCUUCAACCAUUUGUGAAUUUAUUGUCAAAAGCAACAUACUGGUGGAUGAACACACUUAUCAUAUCUGCUCAUAAAAAGCCCAUCGAUUUGAAGGCAAUUGGAAAAUUACCAAUAGCAAUGAGGGCGGUAACAAACUACGUUUGCCUGAAAGAUGCAUAUGAAGAACAAAAGAAAAAAGUAGCAGAUCAUCCAAAUCCGACUCCAUGUAUGUGGCUAGCCAUGUACAGAGCUUUUGGGCGACCAAUUUUGCUGAGUAGCACAUUCCGCUAUCUUGCUGACUUACUGGGCUUUGCUGGACCUCUUUGUAUUUCUGGAAUAGUUCAGCGUGUGAACGAAAUGAAGGGGGUGAACAUGACGAAGAAUGGGACUAACACAGUAGGAACUGCACAAACCCUUUCCUCAAAGGAAUUUCUUGAAAAUGCUUAUGUCUUAGCUGUUCUUCUCUUCUUGGCCCUUAUUCUGCAAAGGACAUUUUUGCAGGCAUCCUACUAUGUGACCAUCGAGACUGGCAUUAACCUCCGGGGAGCCCUGCUGGCCAUGAUAUACAAUAAAAUCCUUAGACUCUCAACAUCUAAUUUAUCCAUGGGUGAGAUGACCCUGGGACAGAUCAAUAACUUGGUUGCCAUAGAAACCAAUCAACUCAUGUGGUUCUUAUUCCUGUGCCCCAAUCUGUGGGCUAUGCCAGUUCAGAUCAUCAUGGGAGUGAUUCUGCUCUAUAAUUUACUUGGAUCCAGUGCAUUGGUCGGGGCUGCUGUCAUCGUGCUGCUGGCCCCAAUUCAGUACUUCAUUGCUACAAAACUGGCGGAGGCUCAAAAGAGCACUCUUGAUUAUUCUACUGAGAGGCUGAAGAAGACAAAUGAAAUAUUGAAAGGCAUCAAACUACUCAAGUUGUAUGCCUGGGAGCACAUUUUCUGCAAAAGUGUGGAAGAAACAAGAAUGAAAGAACUGUCCAGUCUCAAAACCUUUGCUCUCUACACAUCACUCUCCAUUUUCAUGAAUGCAGCAAUUCCCAUAGCAGCUGUUCUUGCUACGUUUGUGACCCAUGCGUAUGCCAGUGGGAACCAUCUAAAGCCAGCAGAGGCCUUUGCUUCCCUGUCCCUCUUCCACAUCCUGGUCACGCCACUCUUCCUGCUCUCCACAGUGGUCAGGUUUGCAGUCAAAGCCAUCAUCAGUGUUCAAAAACUAAAUGAAUUUCUCCUGAGUGACGAGAUUGGUGAUGACAGCUGGCGCGCUGCAGAAGGCUCAGCUCUUCCUUUUGAGUCGUGCAAGAAACACACGGGUCUUCAGCCGAAAACUAUAAACAGGAAGCAUCCUGGGCGAUAUCACCUGGACAGCUAUGAGCAAUCAACACGGCGCCUGCGUCCUAUGGAGACAGAGGAUGUUGCAAUAAAGGUCACAAAUGGGUACUUCUCAUGGGGCAGUGGGAUAGCGACCUUAUCCAAUAUAGAUAUUCGAAUUCCCACUGGUCAGUUAACCAUGAUUGUUGGCCAGGUGGGGUGCGGGAAGUCCUCUCUGCUCCUUGCCAUUCUCGGGGAGAUGCAGACGCUGGGAGGGAAAGUGCACUGGACCAGUGUAAAUGAAUCUGACCCUUCUUUCGAAGCAACCAGAAGGAACAAGUAUUCUGUGGCUUAUGCUGCUCAGAAGCCUUGGCUACUAAAUGCUACGGUAGAAGAAAAUAUUACUUUUGGAAGUCCUUUCAACAAACAGAGGUACAAAGCUGUCACAGAUGCCUGUUCUCUUCAGCCAGAUAUUGACUUACUACCAUUUGGAGACCAAACUGAAAUCGGAGAGCGGGGCAUUAACCUGAGCGGAGGUCAGAGGCAAAGAAUCUGUGUAGCACGUGCUCUAUACCAGAACACCAACAUUGUCUUCUUGGAUGAUCCGUUUUCUGCCCUGGACAUACAUCUGAGUGACCACUUAAUGCAGGAAGGGAUUUUGAAGUUUCUCCAGGAUGACAAAAGGACACUUGUUCUUGUGACUCACAAAUUACAAUACCUAACACAUGCCGACUGGAUCAUAGCCAUGAAAGAUGGGACUGUGCUCAGAGAAGGGACUUUGAAGGACAUUCAGACCAAAGAUGUUGAGCUUUACGAACACUGGAAAACACUAAUGAAUCGGCAAGAUCAGGAAUUAGAGAAGGAUAUGGAAGCCGACCAGACGACAUUAGAAAGGAAGACUCUCCGAAGGGCCAUGUACUCGAGAGAGGCCAAAGCCCAGCUUGAGGAUGAAGAUGAAGAGGAGGAAGAGGAGGAAGAUGAGGAUGACAGUAUGUCCACUGUGUUGAGACUCAGGACAAAAAUGCCAUGGAAAACAUGUUGGCGGUACCUCACAUCUGGGGGCUUCUUCUUGCUCUUCCUGAUGAUUUUCUCUAAGCUUCUGAAGCAUUCCGUGAUUGUAGCUAUAGACUACUGGCUGGCCACAUGGACGUCGGAGUACAGUAUAAACACUGGAAAAGCUGAUCAGACCUACUAUGUGGCUGGAUUUAGCAUACUUUGUGGAGCAGGUAUUUUCCUCUGCCUUGUCACAUCUCUCACCGUGGAAUGGAUGGGUCUCACAGCUGCCAAGAAUCUUCACCACAAUCUCCUCAAUAAGAUAAUUCUUGGACCAAUAAGGUUCUUUGAUACCACACCCCUGGGACUGAUUCUGAAUCGCUUUUCAGCAGAUACAAAUAUCAUUGAUCAGCACAUUCCUCCAACGCUGGAGUCCUUGACCCGAUCCACGCUGCUCUGCCUGUCUGCCAUCGGCAUGAUUUCUUAUGCCACGCCAGUGUUCCUGGUUGCUCUCGUGCCUCUCGGAGUCGCCUUCUAUUUCAUCCAGAAAUACUUCCGCGUGGCUUCGAAGGAUCUCCAGGAACUUGAUGACAGCACCCAGCUCCCUCUGCUUUGCCACUUCUCAGAAACAGCAGAAGGACUCACCACUAUUCGGGCAUUUAGGCAUGAAACCAGAUUUAAGCAACGCAUGCUGGAACUGACAGACACAAACAACAUUGCCUACUUAUUUCUCUCAGCUGCCAACAGAUGGCUAGAGGUCAGAACGGACUAUCUAGGAGCUUGUAUUGUCCUCACUGCCUCUAUCGCAUCCAUUAGAGGGUCUUCCUCUUCUGGACUGGUGGGCUUAGGGCUUCUGUAUGCACUCACGAUAACCAAUUAUUUGAAUUGGGUUGUGAGGAACUUGGCUGACCUGGAGGUCCAGAUGGGGGCAGUGAAGAAAGUGAACAGUUUCUUGACUAUGGAGUCUGAGAACUAUGAAGGCACCAUGGAUCCUUCUCAAGUCCCAGAGCACUGGCCACAAGAAGGGGAGAUCAAGAUUCAUGAUCUGUGUGUCAGAUAUGAAAAUAAUCUGAAACCUGUUCUUAAACAUGUCAAAGCUUACAUCAAACCUGGGCAAAAGGUUGGCAUAUGUGGUCGCACUGGCAGUGGAAAGUCAUCACUAUCUCUGGCUUUCUUCAGAAUGGUUGACAUAUUUGAUGGAAAGAUUGUCAUUGAUGGGAUAGACAUUUCAAAACUACCACUGCACACACUUCGUUCUAGACUCUCAAUUAUUCUUCAGGACCCAAUACUGUUCAGCGGUUCCAUUAGAUUUAAUUUAGAUCCAGAGUGCAAAUGCACAGAUGACAGACUCUGGGAAGCCCUAGAAAUUGCUCAGUUGAAGAAUAUGGUCAAAUCCCUACCAGGAGGUUUAGAUGCGGUGGUCACUGAAGGUGGAGAGAAUUUUAGUGUUGGACAGAGACAGCUGUUCUGCCUUGCUCGAGCCUUUGUCCGCAAAAGCAGCAUUCUCAUCAUGGAUGAGGCCACAGCUUCCAUUGACAUGGCCACUGAAAACAUUCUGCAGAAAGUGGUAAUGACAGCAUUUGCAGACCGCACCGUCGUGACGAUAGCUCAUCGGGUUCACACCAUUCUGACGGCAGACCUGGUUAUUGUGAUGAAGCGAGGGAAUAUUCUAGAAUAUGAUACUCCCGAAAGCCUCUUGGCUCAAGAAGAUGGAGUAUUUGCUUCUUUUGUUCGUGCAGACAUGUAAAGGGAUGUCUCACAAUGACAAGUGCAUUAAAAUAAUGCAUUCGUAAUCUACAUAAUGGAUCAUCAGCCUGACCUUCAUAAUGUGGUACCUUAAACUUUUACACUUUUGCAAAUCUUGUUGGUUAUGUUGUAGACCUUGUAGUCAGUACCAAUGUCACAUUACUAGCAGAUAUUGUAUCUCCUAUGUAUGUGCAAGUUAGCAUAUCUUCCUGGUUUUUUUUCCAAGAUAAUUACUGCUUACUGUGUUUAUUAUGGACUUUUUGUUAAUGAUUAAGCCAUUUUACCUUUAAGAAUAUCAGACUGUAUUAAAAUAUGUACGCUACAUGUACGCUACUUGAAGUAUCAAAUCCUAGCUAAGUUUUCUCAUAAUUUCAGGUUUGAUAAAUAUUUCAGGCAUAGAAGCUACAAUGACAAUUCAAUAUUAUACUCUCAUUUGUAAGAAUAUAUUUUCCUUUUUGUUGAUGUCUCCAGAUUAUAUUGGAAGAAAACAAACAGUUCUUCUAAACAGUUAGGAAACUGAACACUUCAAACUUAUUAUUUACUGUAUGAAAAUGUCUUCUGUACUCAUUAGCCUUAGUAAUAUGAUAUUUCCUUAGUAGUCUUUUUCCUUCUAAAUUGUUUCCUGUCAACAAGAAGUUACCAACUAUAUAGUUCUAUAAAGCCAUGAUGUUAAUUAGAAAGAUUAUGAAAAGUUCAGAUAUUUGAGAAAUUAUACUCAAGGAUCCAAGUUCAAACAGUAAUUAGUUUCAACUCUGCAUGACAGACCAGCUAAAGCUCUCCAAAAUUUAAUUCAUCUUUAGAUUUGAUAAUGAUCCUGAGCCCUAAAGUGCUGUUAUUCAAAUUUCAGGAGCAUAGGCAAGUGGCCUUAUUUUGCAGAAUACACACACACACCGUGUAUAGCAGUAACUACUUGUAUGUAUGUGUAUUUCUAGAUGAAAGAAUACUUUUAACAUGUAUGCUCAGUGAUGUCAUGUGUAUGUAGAAUGUUACUGCUCUAAUUUACUGUGCAUGUAAAGUAUAUCCAAAAGUUAUUCUAAUUUUUAUAGGCUUUUCUCCUGCUCCAAUUUUAAGGUGUAUAUUAAGAGUUUAUCACAAUUGGCAAAAUGUGAGUGCUGUGUUCCAUUGAAAAGCCCCUUCUAGUUUCAUACUAGUAGUCAAAAGCUUUCAUAUGAGAAGCUUUCUUCUUCACAUGCAUGUGAAGAACUUUGAUUUAUGGAAAAAGAAUGUACACUCCCUCCACAUAGAUGUGUUCAGCCUAUUGAAUUUUAUAUUCACUUUUGGAAAAUCAAUAAUUGUUGAUCUGGGAUAUAUGUAGAAUAAAAUAAGCUCCAAAAGGAUGGACAAAAAUAUCCUGUUGUUUAGCUUGAACUGUCCUUUGUAUAUAUUGAAAAUGUCAUUGAGAGAAAACUGCUUACUGAUUUUGUUCUAUUUAGCUUUCAGGAAGCAGUAACUAUUAGAUUUGAUGUAUUACCAAUAUGUCUCCUACUCAUAUUGCUGGCAUGCACCUGUUUCAUAGGACUGUAGAGAGGAAUUUGCAUGAUGCUUGUUACCCAGUUACCUAAUUCUCAGAGAAAUGUGGAUUUACCCAUAGAAAUAAGCACUCACAGUAUCUGUAAGUUGCAUUGCUGUAUAGUUAUGCAGAAGCAUAACUAGUUACACUGAGAAUCAUAUCUACCCUUCUUACACUCAAGUGGUUGCUGGUUCCCUCAUAACUUGUAACCACUUUUUAAUCAUAAUUAAUUGACUUAUUCAAGUCCAGGAUAUUGUUCUAGUUGUUCAGUUACCUGUAUUAUCUAUUAAAUAUAGAAAUGAUUCAUCCUGAAAUAUAUACUAAGGAGGUACAUCACUACAAAAGACCAGCUCAACAAAAUCAAAGUUUACAUUUUACAUUUAACUAGCCAAAUUAAUUUUACCAAUUUUAAUCAUUUAAUUUGUUAAAAGCAAUAAGGCUUGAUGUUAAAACAAGUUAUCACUGAAAAAGACAUUCCUCUGAAAGGCCUGUCCCCCUCUACUUUUACACGACCACUCACCACCUAUUUACAUCAGCUCAGCCCUGUAUCAGAUACCAGAAGAGCAUACUAAGUAAGUGGGAUCUGGGAUCUUGUCUUACUUGUUGCUGUGAUCUUGGCACUUAAUACAAGCAUCUGGCCCACAGGAGGUGGUGAUUAAUAGGUAGGUUAUUUACCCAUUGAUUAGUUUUACCACUAGCCAUGUGCCUACAGCUAUGAUAUAUUCUCUUUACUUUCUGUGCUGUGUUUAUUUUACUGUGAAACUAUAUUGGCUUGGUAUUGUAUAAUAAAUUACUCUUUAUUUGCUCAAUAAAAGAGGGUGAUUAU